AUGUCCUUGUUUAAAUCGCGAGAUUGGUGGAAUACAAAAUGCGGAAUCGACGAAACUUUCGGUGCUUUCCAUAUGUGUAUUGCCAGUUACGAGAAUGCAGUUGAUGGUACAGCAAGACAGUUCAUAAUCGUAGGCAGUUUGCAGGGCUAUCUACGACUUUAUGAUCCAAAACCUCCAACAUCGCCAGAGACUUCAUGUUUGUCAGGUUUGCAACUAGAAACGCAACUAGCUUUACCGGUAUUGGCUGUCCUUUCAGGACGCUUUAACAAUACUGAGGGGUUGCACGUCGCAGUGCUACAUCCGAUGCACUUGCGAAUCCUUCGCAUUGUCAUUAACGAAAACACCGAACUGAAUUCCCACUGUACUGUGGAUUUUAUGUACGAGCAUCGGCUACCUUUACAUGCAUACGCACUACUUGCGGGGCCAUCAAACGUGCUCUGUGUGCAAUCCUUGACGGAAGGAAUUUUAAUGUUUUUUGAGAACGAAAGGGUUGGUGUAAGUUGCAAGUUACCCACUCUUCAUCUUCUUCCGUCGCCUAUAUGUUACGUGUCGUCAACAGAAAGUUUCAUUGUUACCGAUUCGUCGUGGAAUCUUCAGAGCUACAGUUACCAAUCCUUAGCAAACUCGACGAUAGAACAGCAAUCAUCUAGGACACCAGGCACGUCAAAUAAACUUCUUUUUGAUUGGGAAUUCGAACUUAGUGAACCGGCGAUAGAUGUUCAGAAUCUCGGUUCCUACAUCGUGAUUUUAGGUGAAAGGCAUCUCUAUUGCUUGAAGGAUAGCGACGGAACGAUUUUAUGGGUCAGGAAAUUGGACUAUCACCCGAUGUGUUUCACUCUAUUGACCCCGCCGGACUACGUGGAUGAUGUAGUGAUUUUAAUAUGCACGGAUGCAAGUACUUUAUUUGUCUAUAAAGACAACAUCGUGGAAUGGAAUUGCAAGUUGCCCACAACCCCAUUAGUUAUUAAAAUAGCAACUUUUCAGUUCAUAAAAGGGUUGAUAGUUACUCUUACUGAUCUCGGCCAAGUGAACGUCGUGUACAUGGGAACACAGCAAGUUGAAUACAGCUUUCUUCAAGCACCGCAGCGAUCUAUUAACUAUGGACGUGGGAUGAAGGAACUCCAACAACUGAAAAAGUCCCUUCAUGCAGGGGAAUUGAAAGAGUUAAAUCCGAAAGAAAAAGAUAUAGAACUCGAUCUGAAGCUCGAUGCCCAAACGUGCUCCGAGUACUUGGAGACACAGCGGUUAGCUAAGGCAAUCAAAGGAAAUCUAAUAAUUACCAUACCAAAAAAUCAAAAUGCUAACAUACGAGUGUUUUUUACUUGCGAUCCGUUAAUUGUUGCUACACCUUCUGAAACUUGCCUUCAGCUCGACGGCAAAGGACAAGCUGUGUUACCGAUGAUGUUCCAUGUUGCUCCUUCUAAAUUCGGAAUGGUUGCUUCGCUACGUGUAGAAGUUACGGUCGUCACUGCUUUGGUUGGAGCUUUGUCGGUGACUAAACAGUUCAUCUUACCACUGCAACUUGUUAUGCAGUCCUCGGUGCCAGUCCGUGAAGCCCGAGUUAAGGUAACGUUAUCAGCAAACCAACCAGCUGCCAGUUUGGCUCAGUUAUUUCAAGAUUUUGCAGUCGACGAAUCUGCAUCUAACCUCAUUGCUUUAAAACACUUCAAUGGCCCGGUGGUUUCUAUUUUGGUGUCGAAAACUACAAAUAAGUACAGGUUGCAAUCAGAUAGUUUGGCUGCAUUAGCCCUACUAGUCGAUGAAUUGCAAAGUCGUUUACGUCUUUACUAUUCGGCAUCGACAAAUCUACAAGUGAGUUUAGAUUCUCCCUUGCCCGUGCAGGAAACCUGGAGUCAGAUUGAAACGCACCACUCAAACUACGUUGAAUUGAAAAAGGAAACGAUUAAACUUGGACAAGCAACCCGUCAAUUUCAGAUCAUUCAGCGGGUAUUCCACAACAAAAUUCUUACUACCAAAACAGCUGGACUCACAGAAGGCAGUUUUGCUGCCGUACGAUUAGCCCAUGAACGCGUAACGCUUUCUAUCCAACAAGUCGAGCAUUUUGAAGAGGACUUCAAGACUGCCACACACAUGCUGCAAGGUUCUUUGAAAUGUUUGCUGGCUUUACUCAAAGUAGAGAAAAGCAGCAGCGAUAAACAAAGAAGUGUCAGUUUGCUCGAAAAGGCUCUGCUUCCUGUUGAACAACUGGAUUUUGAUCAAUCGUGGCAGCAAAUUGUAGACAGUAAACUGAACUACGUCGUCAGACAAAGGUUCCUUCCAGCAGCGCCAACAACAGCUGUUUCAAGUUCAGGCAAAGAAUUCAAUUUAAACAACUUAAAAAAAGUAUUUUUGCAAGCUCUAGAUAACUUAACAAAAGACUCUCAGUCGUGA